GAUAUUGACGCUUCCGUCGUUUGCUUGCUUGCUGAAUUUGCGCUCGGAUUACGUAUUGAUAGUUCUGUUUUUGUUAUUAUAUGUAUUACAUUGCCGUGAUUAAUUUUCACUAAACAGAUGUAUGCACGCAAGUAAUUCACCUGCCGACGGCUCGUGAGGUGGCUGCUUAUCAGCUAUGGCUGUUGUGUUGAUAACCAAUUGUGACGGAAAGCUGCAAGCUCGCGUCUCUCAGGCGCACAAACAUACAUAACUGCAGACAGCGUGUGCAAUUUAACGGUGGUACUUACACGUCGGCAAAAUUCUAUUUUCACUUUUAAGCAUUGUAAAUAUGUUCAAGUGUGUGCUUCAAACUUACAAUUGGAAAUUUUUAGUCAAAUACAAUUUCAGAUAAGCAAAAAAUGGUGCAGAAAGAAGAAUUAGCGUGAAUUCGAUGUUUGGCAAUAAAGAAAAAUACACAAUAAUGCUUGAAUAGUGUGCUAAAAAUAAUUAAAAAGUAAUAAGUCUGCACUGUGUUAAAUACUUGCAAACAUUAAAAUUCGAUUGAAAGUAAAAAACAAAAACAAAAGUAAUAAUAAUAAAAUACAUAAAAGAAAUUAUACAACUAUCUGCUCUUGCUUAGAUAUAGUCCAAAGUGAUUUUAGUUAAUUGACAAGAAUAUUGCAUAGAAAUACAAUAUAUGUUUAUGUGCGUGUUGUUAACACAAACCAUUCCGCACUUAUUCCUGCUCAACCCACAACUCUCACAGUUUCGCAGUUAGGCGCUCGGCGGAGUUGUGGGCCCAAAAUUCACAUUUCCUUUUCAAGCUGGGAUUACAAACCGCCAAAAUUGUGGAGGCACUUAAAAUGAAGACUGAGCUGCGUUCUUGCGCGGCAUGUGGGGAGCCAAUCUCGGAUCGGUUUUUUCUCGAGGUUGGCGGUUGUUCGUGGCAUGCCACCUGUUUGCGCUGUUGCAUCUGUCAAUGCCCGCUCGACCGACAGCAAUCGUGUUUCAUCCGCGAACGGCAAGUCUAUUGUAAAGCAGACUAUGGCAAACGCUUCGGCGCAAAAUGCUCAAAGUGCUGUCGUGGCAUCUCGGCGACGGAUUGGGUGCGUCGCGCACGUGACCUCGUCUUCCACUUGGCGUGUUUCGCGUGCGAUCAGUGUGGACGACAACUCUCCACCGGCGAACAAUUUGCUCUGAUAGACGAUCGAGUGCUGUGUAAGGCGCAUUACCUGGAAACGGUCGAGGGUGGCACCACAUCAAGUGACGACGGCUGUGAUGGUGAUGGCUAUCAUAAAAGUAAAACGAAACGCGUACGCACCACCUUCACCGAGGAGCAACUGCAGGUGCUGCAGGCCAACUUUCAGAUCGACAGUAAUCCGGAUGGACAGGAUUUGGAGCGCAUCGCCUCGGUAACCGGUCUCAGUAAGCGUGUGACGCAAGUUUGGUUUCAGAAUUCGCGAGCGCGACAGAAAAAACACAUUCAUGCUGGUAAGAAUAAAAUGCGUGAACCCGAAGGAAGCUCAUUUGCCCGCCAUAUUAACCUGCAGUUAACGUAUUCAUUUCAGAAUAACGCCCAGAAUGCUAUGCACUUGAACGGCAACUCAAAGGGAUUAUAUCCAACGCAUGAAUCGUCCAUGGAUGAACUUUCGCAGGACUCGAGUGUGCAUUGCAUGCAAAGUGAAGUGUGACUGGAGCAUUUGAACCACCAUUAAAGGAGACAUAUAUCAUACAUAUGCUCUAAACUAUUGGUGGCAUCGGAGAUAAAGCUACACACCUACACAUACGCGCAAACAUACACCUAAGUGCGAACCUAGGAAAUCACAUUUCAAGGGAGUUUUGCGUAUAAAAGCACAAAAACUCGAAAACUUAAACCCAGUUAUACAUAUGAAAAUCAAAAAACGUCCUAACCUAGUCAAAAUUACGAAAACAAAAUGUUAUGCAAACAAAUUAAAUGCGGAAAUUGAAAAACGUCCAAAAAAUGGCUAAAAGCAAAUGGCUAAAAAGAGCGAAAAUCUACGCCAAGCAAUUCUUCUGCCCCGCGGCCAGUAUUAAACGUGAAUAUAUUUCAUUUGUUUCUCGAAACUAGCAGUAAAGAAAAAUUUUUAUUUAACUUUAGACUUUUUCACUAUA